CCCUUCUGCGCGCUGAGCCGGGGCCGCUACUUCCGGCGGCGCUCUGCGCUUCCUGUCGCGUCUCGGUGGUUCCGGCGUGAGGGCAGCGGCGGCGGUGAAAGUCACUUUGACGGGAACGGAGGCGGCUGCCAUGGCGGAGGACAUCCGGGCCAAGCUCGACCGCUACAAGACGGCGCCCUUCGACAGCCGCUUCCCCAACCAGAACCAGACCAGGAACUGCUGGCAGAACUACCUGGAUUUCCACCGCUGCGAGAAGGCGAUGGCGGCCAAGGGGGCGGACGCCACCCCCUGCCAGUGGUACUACCGCGUCUACAAGUCCAUCUGCCCCACCUCCUGGGUGACAACGUGGGACGAGUACCGCGAGGAGGGGACCUUCCCCGGCAAGAUCUGAGCUUCUCCAACCCCGGGGGGUACGGGGAGGGGGGUUGGGUCCCCGUUGUCACCGCUGUGGAGGGGGGAGGGGGGGGGGGCGGUGACAGGGCCACCACCGCCACCACCAGGAGGUGACACGGAUGCCACCGGGGAGGGGACGCCGCUGUCACGGAGGCGGCGGGCAAUAAAGGGUUGAACUGGCC